CUGACAUCGAUGGAACCCAAAGCUUCAGCAUGAGAGCCUCCGCUACUGAGUGGGGCUAGUGGUUUGCGAUGGAGGAAGAAGGCGCUGAUUGACUCGUCCGUAUCCUUUUUUCCACCGUGGCCGGAGUCUUUUGAUUUCACCCAUUGUAUCGGUUCGAUGGUAAUGUUUGACUGCCAGAGAGUAAUUCACAUGUUGCUGGGUAUGCCCAAAUCAUCCCCAGACAGCGCUGGAACAUGCUAAAAUAUGCACGUCGUAGAAUUGUUUUGAAUCUCCAUGUGGCAUGGGCACGCAUGCCGCGUGUGCGGUCCGACACAUACUGUAAUGGUGUCCUCGUCAUGGCCUUUUCUUUGUCCCCACUUUUUUGCUAUCCCCAAACCGAAUGGAGGUGAUGAUGUGGCCGUCCCAACCAAGGUACAUGGUUUUGAUCGCUAUGACGUGGCAGAACGGUGCAAGGAGCUCAUGCGGCGCUUGUCAGCAUCGUCUGGAAGCUCUCCUCAAUGGAAGUGGGACAUCUUGGAGCUCAUGGAGGAGUCCCACCACCAGCUCAGAGACAUCCGGCAAGUCCACUCAGAUCCCGAUCGAGGCAUUUGGCAGGAACUUCAGGGUGCUGUUGGCAACGAGCACACUGCCAGCACACUUCCUGUAAGUUUGCGCAAGCAAUGCGAGGAGAUACUCGAGCGAAGGAAGAUUUGGCUGGGCGACUUCGACACAGAGUUGAACGCCACACUUGCCAGAGGUAAAGAGGU